AUGGCGCCUAAGAAGAGGAAGGGGGCGGCUCCCGUUAAGGCCCCCCUGCCUGCGUACAGCAUCGCAGCACAAGACCUCGAGAGGGCGAAGCAACUUCUCAGCAACGAGGAGGAGCUGAAGCGUCAGCGCUCCAAUCUCUCGUAUUGGUUGGACUCUGUUGGGGCCAAGGACGCCUACUCGGCCAAGGGGACCGAAGAAAAGAAGGCCUUCCUCACGCAGUGGUUCGCUGACAAACUGGUGAAGCUCGAGGGCCAGAACAAACUUUCUACGAUUCGCACAGCUGGCACCUUGAAAAAGAAGGAGGAGGACUUCGAGUGGAUGUCUAAGGAAACGAUGAUCGCUCGCCUUGGAGCGCGGAAAGCGCAGAGUAAGAUCGACUCAAAUACUCUCAACCACAGGCCUGAUCCAGACACAAAGUUAGAUGGUGAAUUCGACCGAGAAUAUAAAGUGUUCUUCUCGAAGGGCGGCGAGAGCGAGUACCACGACGACAAGAAGGACUUGAGCAACGAGCAGGCGCUCGAUACCGAGCAGGCGGCGAAGGAGGCGAAAGAUCACUUCGACUCGAUCGUUGCUAAUACAGCGGGGUCUUCAGCUUCAGGCGGAGCCGUCGCGCCAGGGCCUGAGGCAAGCGUGCCGCCCGUCACGAUCAAGUCUGAGUUUGGCGAGUUCCAACACACGGUGGACGCCUUCAAGAAGGACCCGCGGAAGGUCUGCUCGACCACAGCCAGCAUGCUGACCGACCUCAAGAAGAUCUGGACCGAGUGCAAAAACAACAAGUACGCCACGGCAGUGCACGAGGACGCGCAGAAGCUCAUCCCGAAGGUGAAACAGGUCCAUGGGAUCAUGGAGGGUAUGAUUGUGCAGAGCAACAUGCAGGACGACCACAUCUUGGCGAUGGCGCAGAAGCUGGACCCCCUGUUCACACAGUUCAACGACCUCAACGAGUGGUACACUAGGAUCUCGGGCGCCCCUCCCAAGGCGAAGAAGGUCAGGAAGUUGUAG